UUCUAACAGCUUUGAAUGCAUCUCUUGAGUCUAAGAAAGAUAUCCAUCUCCAUUAGAAUGAGAAGAAGAAGAAGAAGAACAACAACAAUAGCAACAGAUGAAGAAGCUUCAAACAACAAUGAAGAAGAUUCACAUGCAUCUUCCACUCCAGUCCAUGAGCUCAAAACAAACUUGAAUCCUUCUUACAAACCAACUUGGAAAUGCUUCUCUUAUGAAGAAAUCAACCAUGCAACAAAUGGCUUCAACCAAGAAAACUUAGUAGGAAGAGGAGGAUAUGCAGAGGUGUACAAAGGAGUGCUUGACGAUGACCGGAAUAUCGCUGUAAAACGGCUGACAAGAGCAUCUACUGAAGAGCAGAAGGUGAAGGAGUUCUUGAAAGAGCUCGGCAUUGUGAGCCAUGUUCAGCAUCCCAAUGUCUCUGCACUCUUAGGCUGUUGCAUUGAACAUGAGCUUUAUCUCAUCUUCGAGUUAUCUUCCAAUGGUUCAGUCUCUUCUCACCUUCAUGAUAAGAACUUAGCUCCAAUGGCCUGGAAAGUGAGGUAUAAGAUCGCUGUCGGUGCAGCCCGGGGACUUCAUUAUCUGCACAGAGGAUGCCAGAGAAAGAUCAUUCAUAGAGACAUCAAAGCAUCAAACAUACUUUUGACAUCAAACUUUGAACCUCAGAUUUCAGACUUUGGAUUGGCAAGAUGGCUUCCUGCAGAGCAGGAUCACUGUUAUAUUGCAGAACCAAUAGAAGGAACAUUUGGAUGCUUGGCACCGGAGUAUUUUACACAUGGUAUCAUCGACGCGAAGACGGAUGUGUUUGCAUUUGGUGUCUUCCUGUUAGAGAUAAUAUCAGGCAGAAAACCGGUGGAUGGGGCUCAGAAGAGCUUGCUAAGCUGGGCGAAGCCUUAUCUAAAUGAUGGUACUGUGGAAAUGCUAGUUGAUCUGAGAUUCGGCGAUGAAUACGACAUUGUAGAGCUGAAAAGGUUGGCCUUUGCCGCUUCUCUUUGCAUCAGAACAGCCUCAACAUGGCGCCCUUCCAUGAAUGAGGUGGUGGAGCUGAUGGAGGAUGGGGAGAUACCGCCGACCUGCUGGACAAUGACAGAAGAAAGAGAAGAAGGCGAAGACUUUCGUGGCUUUGAUUAUCUUGAUGAAUUUGAUACACCAUCAUCUUCAUCAGUGACAAGUUCUUAAGUGUAUAAUUAAUCUUAGAUAAGCCUUGCACUUGUAUAAUGUAUGUCUUUUGAGGUUGAGUCAAAGGAAUCUAACUUCAGUGCCAAAAUGUGCAAUGUUCUUUAAUG